UUCAGACGCAAAGGAUAAUCCAGUUUACCGCAAUUGCUGUGAUUUGUUAUGUAGUUGCGAUUUGCCGUAAAGUGGUGUGUUUCCUGUUGGGCCUCGUGGAGCUGGAAACUGCCGAGGUUGUACAAUGUUUAAGAAAUUUGAUGAAAAAGAAAAUGUUACAAAUUGCAUCCAGCUGAAGACAUCUGUUAUUAAAGGCAUUAAGAAUCAGCUGGUUGAACAGUUUCCUGUAAUUGAGCCAUGGUUGAACCAAAUCAUGCCAAAGAAGGACCCUGUAAAAAUAGUAAAAUGCCAUGAACAUAUAGAGAUCCUGACUGUCAAUGGAGAACUGCUAUUCUUCAGACAAAGAGAGGGACCUUUUUACCCCACCUUACGAUUACUUCACAAAUAUCCUUCUAUCUUGCCACAUCAACAGGUUGAUAAAGGGGCCAUCAAGUUUGUGCUUAGUGGGGCCAAUAUUAUGUGUCCUGGACUAACUUCCCCUGGAGCUAAGCUAAAUCCAGCCGACACUGACACUAUAGUUGCUAUUACAGCAGAGGGCAAGCAACAUGCCCUCUCUGUGGGAGUUAUGAAGAUGCCAGCAGAUAAAAUUGAACAAGUCAAUAAAGGUAUUGGAAUUGAAAACAUGCAUUACUUAAAUGAUGGUCUCUGGCACAUGAAGACAUACAAAUAACGCACAUACCAAUGAUGUGAGAACUGUUGGAAGAGAAAUGGAUAUACCAACUGCAAGACAUGUAGACAUUUGUAAUGUUGGAUUUUGAGUUGUAUUUUUUUUAUUUUGUUUCAAAUAAACCCAACAUUUCAGCGGAA